GCGGUCACCUCUAGCGAGUGUCCCAGCAUUCCUCUUUCACCGCACCAACCCAAAGAAGUCGACAGAGAGCUUUCGUCUGCUAGUGCAUUAAGAACGUAGACUUCUGAAUGAGUGGCGACAGCGAGACUAUCGAAAGAAUGCGAUGUAAUACCACAUGGAAUCACAUCUUGCCUCGUUAAUUCCACAAUAAAUGAAGCAUCGCGUGUGACACGACAAAGAGACGUGUUAUUUCUGACGGUGACAUGUCUGGUUCUUCAGUUCAUUAGCUGCUUGUGACGCAAUGUUUCGUUUCAUACGUAUCAAACAAGACCUUGUAAUAUCAAACAGUUCUCACUGAAUUCAGAAGUGCCAGGAAACAUAUUACGUCACACUACAAAGUGUAUGUGGAGUGAUAACUGGACAGUACAUCAUCAGGUGGCUGACAGAGUCUUCAAGCAAUUUCACCUAUAUACCACAGGUGACCACCACUCCAUUGCCUACUAGAAGAAAGUCGGUCAAACCGAACGGUUCGAAUACCAGAAGAUACCAGCGCCAGAAGCUCACCGUGCACGCAGAAGACAAGAUAGUAUGUGGUGAUAACUCGUGUUUUUAGAAAGUCUGCCUGUGUAGAAAACAUUCAUGUUAAAUCCUCAGUGAUGGUGUUAGCAGUUCACUUCACCAAAGAAAAGAACAAAAAGUUAACUAACAGCACACGGCGUCCUUGAACAGCGACAAGUAUGAGAGUAUAUAAUUAAAAACAUACCACAACAUUCUAACAAGAAAGAGUUCUACAUCGGUCAAAAAAAAUUGUUUUCACAAGCGCUGGUUGCUUUUCAGUGUGUUAAAUGUAUCGCGUGUGAGUGUAGCAAACAAAUAUAUCGUUGAGUGACUAGGAAUGUGAUAUCAGGGCAACAUAUCGUGUGUGUUCGCAUCAGCAUUUCAAUACUAAAUCCAGUGGUGAUUAUUUUAACAAUGUAAUGUUCACAUUAAUGUUAGUGGCAGGCGCAGUCAGUGGUCACACAGGGCGUUUAGGCAGUAUGCACGAUUCUAAUGAGGCUGCAUUCUUUAAAUCGUGACUUGACAAUAAAAUCGUAACGUCCUAUGAAUGAAAAGUGCUAGUUUGUCUGCAUAUCAGUAUCAACUCAUUAUCAUACACCAAAUGAGCACAGUUAAUCAGCAUUAUAAUGAAAUCAUCAAAUUAACCUAAAAAUACGUGUCUCCAAGACAGUUAUGAGGGUUUUUAAUAUUAUUAAAUGUAACAUUUACUAAAAAAACUUAAAGAGCAUAAGAAAUCGAUAACAUUUUCAAAACUUUCUCAGAUUCUUCAACUUCAAUUGCCCACCGCUUCAUUCACUGCUCCAUGAAGAAUUCCGUUUCAACAUUGCUGCAGUUAACAGAACUAUUACCGCAGUCACAACAUAAAGGCAACAGUUCAUAUUAAAGACAAUGGAUGACCAAACAGCGCUGGCUCUCGCGUUGCAACUCAUUGCUUUAUGCUGCAUUGCAGCAGCGCUUCUGCUAUACUUGCUCUGUAGGAUAAGAAACCGUUAUACUGCGGGCACCGGUCGUGGUAGAGAUGACCCAGAGGUGAAUCUGAAUAUUGGCACGGGGCGAGCAGUCCUCAUUACCUCUUGUGACACAGCGUUCGGCCUGCAGUGUGCACUCCAUCUCAGCAACCUGGGCUUCCGGGUGUUUGCCGGCCUCAAGGAUGACACUGAGAAUGGAUCAGUGGCUGCAAGGAUCCUGCGGGCCAAACUCAAGGAGAGGGAAAUGCUGAACGGAGACACGGCGACAGAAACGACUGCGGCGUCUGGGGUAACCGUCGGGACGCUCAUAACACUACCACUGGACGUUACAAGGGAAGAUUUGCUCCACGAGGCGGUUGUACUAAUCAGACAACAUCUUCCAGCUGGGGAGGAUGGUUUGUGGGCCGUGUUGAAUACCGCAUGCCUGUGCUGCAAAGGACGAUUGGAGAACCAGGAGAGCUCCCACUGGGAUGCAAUGCUCAAGUACAACGUGACAGGGACCCUGAGGACUGCUAGAACAUUCAUGCCUCUCCUCAAGAACAAGAGCGGUCGGCUAAUCAACAUGGGGGCAAGCAGUCACUCCAACAGUCCAGGUAGUGGACUGGUUGCCUAUACAGCAGCACGGUUUGCAGUUGAAGGAGCAAGUAUGGCUUUAUGUCGUGAGUUGGCACCACAUGGCAUUCAUGUCAUUAUCCUGCAGCCAAAUGGUGUGGCAUCAGACAAAGUAUUUGCACCACCACGAAUUAAUGAGCCUGAAACCCCUGAAGGUCACACUGCUUUGGAGAUUCAACAUCCAGCAAACAGCUAUCUAGACUACAACCCAUCAAUCUUACCACCACAAGCAAUGAGGAUAAUUGAGGAAGCUUUGCUCUCUAAAUCUCCAAAACAAAAUUAUCAACUUCUGCCACGGAGCAGACUUAAUUCUUUGAAUCAUAAUUUGUUAAUUAUGAAGAAUAAAAUAAUGUCUGCACAAAUAAAACCUUUACAGAUGGCAUAAAUCGUAUUUAAGUUAAUCAGAGCGUUUCAGACUCAUAGUCAUCCUCUAAAAAGACAAACAUGUAACAACUUACUGCAAGUUUAGUCCACCAGAUGAGGAAUUCCUGUGACAGAUCUGAUGGUCUAUAACUUCCACCGCUUAGAGUCGAAACAUUAUUUUGUCCAUUUAUUACACAUAAUAAUAAUUCCACUUAAUGUUAUAGCUUUUAUUCACAGUAAUGUACAAUUUACUUAACCUCCAUACAAGGUUAGAACACAUGUGAUUUAUUAGAUUGUACUAACAUAAAGAAUCUACAUGAAAUAAAGCAUUUUUGUAAAAAAAAUAAUAAACAAACUUGUUAAUCUGCA